GUAGAGUGCUCAGAUAUAUUACCCACCCUUAGACGGAUACACCAUCUCGUAAUUAUAUUCCCGUGCUCGCAAGAGUUCUGCUGGUGUACAAUGUGAUAGUCGAAGACAGCGUCACUCGUAGUUUCUUAUAAGUUUACUAGUUCGAUCACUUACUUAAUGACACAAUCUCACGUUCGAAUGUAACUACCAUGUAUGAAAGUGUUCUACAAGCAUGUCACGCUCCUCCGGAGAGGGGUUAUUGGAAGUAUGAAACAUUGUCGUUUUGAAAUCAUAGCCCCAGGUAUGCUGACCUCAGUUACAUAACGUUAACGCUGCGGACCAAGGUUGUUUUCCGUCAUGAUAUUGUUCUCAGUAUUGCAUUACCAGUGUCAAACCAGUGCGUACCGAAUCGAACUGUCGGAGAAUUAAAAGUCAUCAAAGGUCGAACAGCGGUAUCACGACCGUCACGAUAAGCUACUUCAUAGUGGACGUCGAGAAUGCCAUUUUCAACCCUUGCCAUUGGAUGCUUUGUCUUACAGUCACUAGCCGCGCAAGUCCCCCUGUGUUUGUCGCCUGAUGACAAGCAGUCACUGGAAUGCGGAUCUGCGUCUAUCGCUAGCUCUCUGGAUUCGGAUAGCCUCGACCUUUUACCUUGGCGGCUUGAUGAGCCACCUCCUGCUAAUGCAACAGGGCACUUUGUGUUUGAAACUGUGAAUUCGUUACUCCAGCAUUGGCCAAACACACGUUAUCGGAAUGGCCACGCAAUCGUUCCAGGUGUCAUUCCCAAAGGCACCUUGUUGUAUCAUGCAGCUUACAGCAACAAUAUCCCUAUGGUCCCUGAGUGGACGGCCAUGGAUCCGGAACACUCCAUGUACUUCUGCCGAGGCUCGCUCGAUACAGGAUGUCGGCAUUUGACGCUCGCAGCAACUCGUCCCCUCAAAGUUCUUUAUUUUGAUGGAAAUAGCGCGGGUAAUACCAAUAAUGGUACUGUCGACACUCAGGAUAUCAUUGCGUGGGGAGAGUUGAGACCCGACUGGUGGUCGAACGAGGAACAGCGCAUCAUAAAUUUGUGCAAAUGGGGAGCACCUUACGCUGUUGAUGGUUAUGUUCGCAUGGAAAUGGACUUCGAAGUCAUGCUCUGUGAUUUCACGGCUGGCCUGGAAGUCGUCUCCUGGUCUGACCUUGCCAGCCCUGUUACAGUUCCAAGCAAGUCUCUGUAUCUUAGCAUGUUCGAAGUGAUGCAUGCCGGGUCAUGGCGUAAUAGAUACCCUGGAGACACACGAAUUAACCUUGAUCUAGCUGGAAUAGUCUCACUAUACGACACCACGCUCGCACCGUCACUCGUUGCUUCACGCGCCGGCCAGGAGCGGUGUGACCACCGCGUACAAGGCAUAUCUUCCGCAGACAUCGAGGUGGUCAGGCGUAGCGUCUCUCGCACGUUAGAGCAGCAUCAUAGUGACCUCAGUGGCAUCGACUGGAAAACUCUUUUCAGAGUUAUCGUGGACCGUUACUCAGGGCGCCUUGACUUGAUGGACUACCUUCUCAACCACACCUCGGAAAAUGACACGCUUCUGGACCAAGCAAACAAGGUGCAUCUCCAACUGCGCGUGAUGCUCGCGCCAUACAUCCCCCAUAAUAGUAUCCCCCCCAGUGCAUCCUAUGACUCCUGGGCAACGCCAGUAUUCAAAGCAUGCGGGACCGCGCACACCUCGUCUAUCGCAUCAUAUAAGUCCAGCUUGAAUCCUUCUGAACGUCUUCUGCUGCAUGCAGUGCAAGAGACUACGCGCGAGAUAUGUCGUGUCGUUACGAAGAUGUGGGCCACUGGCGUCCUUGCAGGUCUUGAUUCAUAUUUCCCCCGUGAUUCAACUCCAGAUGCUGCGCAAAUUAUUCACCUGAUAGAUACGUGGAGGCACGAAUUAAGUGCUUUGAUGGCAUGGCUAGAUUGGAGCGUGUGGGUUAGGUGUCGUCCAGCUUGCGGGCCUGAGGAAAUGUGCUACCUUCCCACUUGGCCC